UACCCCAAUUUCUUAUAGCUUGUUUUAAGGAUGCUGUCAACGAUUCGUCCUGCCAAAGCAGGACUCUUUCAAAGGAGUUGGAAAAGCUCCAUUCCGCUGCUCUGUCGCUAUAGUUCUCACCAGAAAGACCAUGGGCACUCGGAGGAACACCACGAUCAUGACGACCAUCACGAGCUACCCCUCAGCGAGGAGGAGCCCAUUGUGAAUAGAACAACACUUACCGGAGCAGCUGCGGUUUUACUUGGCUUUGGGUACUACUAUGCCAAUGAGAAUUACAAGAGGAACCACGAAGGCAAGUCGCUACUCUGGAGAAUUUACUCACCCAACGUUUGGGGGCAGCUGGAGGAAAACUUUUUGGCCUAUCGAGCACGGGUGGAAAAACAAAGGGACAUAAAUGAGCUUCUCACAAUGCCGCAGAGAAGAGAUCAUCGGGCCUCGUUCAUUGACAACGAUGGAAUUCCUGGUAGAUUUUUCAGCCAGAACGCAAAUUGCGAGUUCAACGUAAUUCAGGACUUUUCAGCGCUUCCUGAAAGAAGAAAGCCCGGGUAUGAUAGCCCGGCCAACUAGGGCUCUUCCUGUAUAGGAACCAUGUCUACUACAGCUUAUUUAUUGGUGUCUACCUAUCUACUUAAUUAUACAUUUAGGAGCUGCCUCAUUUUAUGACUUGCAGGACUACCGUCGCGUCGAAAAACUUCGCGUUGUUUACUUUAUACUAUGGCUGUUGGGGCUUCUAGAUCAGAGCUUCUGGAGUGGAUCAACACCACGUAUCAGCUCAACUACACCAAGAUUGAGCAGUGCGGCAACGGGGCCGUAUACUGCCAGAUAUUUGACUCCAUUUUUGGAGACUUGCCAAUGGGGAAAGUCAACUUCAAUCCCACCUCUGAUUACCAAACUUUGACCAACUAUAAGAUCCUGCAGAGUGGCUUUUCGAAGCACAAGAUCACAAGAGAGGUCCCAGUGGAGCGACUGAUGAAAUGUCGCCUUCAGGACAAUCUGGAAUUCUUACAGUGGAUGAGUAGAUUAUGGUCAGAAAACAAGUUGGACGAUUACAAUCCAACAGCACGCAGAAAAGCUACGUUGCCUCCAUCGACUGCAGGGGCGUCGUCGGGAAGCCGUCGGGUAUUUUCCAAUUCGUCAGCAAACGGUAGCCAGUCAGGAAGUAGGAGAACGUCUCUUACCGGAUCGGCUCAAAAAGUGAGAGAUCCUUUGCAUUCGAAGCCAACGUUGAGCUAUUCCGGCUCGCGUGUAUCCUCAGGAUAUGGAUCUGGCAUUCCAUCCAAUGUACAAGAAGAACUGAAAAACCUGAGAUCUCAGGCAGAAGAAAUGAAGCUGGUACAGGAAAGCUUGGAGACAGAGAGAAACUUCUACUUCAAUAAACUACGAGACAUUGAAAUUCUCACACAGAAUCUCUCCGAGAAGUUGCAAAGCUCUGAGCCGGUCGAUGUGAGCAUGGAGCAGCUAGUAUCUCACAUCCAGGAAAUUUUGUAUAGCACCACUGAGGGUUUCCAAAUUCCUAGCGAAGAUCAAACAGAUGGUCCGGGAAAGGAGAAUGAUAUUAAGAUGUUCGACGAGGAGACCUUCUAAUGCGC